AUGCAGGAAAUGCAAACGGUAAGUCGACGCUCAGCAGAGUAGAAGCGCCGGCAUCAUCGCCAGAGCCGACGGCUCAGUCAGCCAGAACCAUUACUGGCAGACAGAGAGAGAGAGGGAAAGAAUGUCACCAAGUGACAUUUACGGACCCUGGAGACAAUUCUGAGGCCUCAUUUUGUCAGAGUCUUUCCAUCGUCCCCCACCCCCCCCCCGCCGGGUCGUUUAUAUUAGAACUGAAGUUUCCGCUAUAUUUUCACUAAGAUGUGGCAUCUGGGCUAGUGUAAGGCUGGUUAGCUUAGCUUAAUUGAAAUGCUGCCUUCUGCUCGGCCCUCCCCCCCUUCGUCGUGAGUCAUCCGGUCGAAUCCUUCCACCCCUGACAUUUAAAUCGCACGCACGCCCAUCGAAGAUAUGAUUGGAUAAUCACAUGAAUUGGGACGUGAGAUUUAAUGAGAAUAUUAAUUUAUUGUGCUGGUUGCGUCGCGCUAUGACUAGUCUCUCGAGACCAAUGGUAGUAUCGAAACUUAGCUUGUUCUUUUGCCAGUCCUUCCUUUUUAAAUCAGAUCUUUCAAAAGAGGAAGCGUAAAUACACAAUUCAUUUCUCCUGAUGGUACAUGAAAGAAAACAUUCAUUCUUGUACACAUUUGGUAGAAAAUUACGCCCUCUUCCAAUGUUAUACUCGAAGAAAUGGUAUGAUUAGGUUAUGCAUGUUUUUCAUGAAGUAUAAUUAAUUUUUUAAAGGCACCAAAAUUCAAUGAGAAAAAUUAGUGCUACUUAAGUAGCCACUUUUUAUGGAGUUCGGUUUUUGCAUGCGGUCGAAAGGAGUUCGUUCGAAAGCCGGCAUUCCCUGGUAACUGAAUUAUUAUAGAAUUAUUCUGGAGGAUGAUUAAUUUUACAACCCCACCUAAGUAAUCUUUACGAGUAGAAAGCGGAUAUCAGAAUUUCAGCUAACAUUUCAUGAGUUAGCAAGCCUACUGCAUAUAUAUCCACUUGCGUACGCGCUGGCAUUCACUGUGCGGUUAGGGAAAAAUCGGCAGGAGAAUCUUUGAAGACCAGGUUACGAAUAAGAAUUAUUUUUCGAGGGAAGGAGAAUGGGCACUAAACCGUGCUGGUUGAUAGCAUGCAUGCUCGGAUGCAGUAUAACCAAGUAUGUUUAUAUGUAUAUAAAUAUUGAUAAGGUGAUACCGACAAAGACAAGGGAGACCGGAAUGGCCUUGGGGUUGGGUAUGACUGGCUGAUGACGGCUAAUAAGCCAGAAAUGGCCAUUCCGGUCUCCCUUGUCUUUGUCGGUAUCACCUUAUCAACAUAUAUCACUAGUCGCUGUGCGACUGCCUGCGAGGGUUCUAGUAUGAGCCCCAAGGCACAACAGAACGAGCAUGUUCUGUAACCUGAUCGGUGAGCGCCCAUCUGUCAUAGUAUAUAAAUAUAUAUGCAUAGGCAAUUAGAGAGAUAGUAAACCGGACAUCUGUUGUUGUGGUGUUGCCAGCGCUUUCCUCAGUUUGCCCCUGCUCUCACACAUGUUAAGGCCCACCCUCGCCUGAAAUGUUUCGUUCCUCUUCUUGGGCAGGGGGGUGGGGGGUUAUGAGUGUUAACAGCCGAUCUUCCUGCUGUGUUGCAGCUACGACUAAUGACAUCGGCCAAGUGGAUGCGGGCCAGAACCCGAAAUGCUAUCAGAUCCUCAGAGCCAUGCUUCAACAGGCGACGUGAAGGAACCAGGCUGGGUAUAUUGAAGGCCGGCAAGAUGCGAAACGCCACAUGCUCCACCCUCGCGCCUUCCGCGAUCUGCCCUUUGCCUUCGUGGAGGGGGUGUUCUUGUAGUCGCACUGGCGACAGUGGGGUGGGACACCUUGGCUUAACACGACAGGCGUCGGCACGAAAACAGCAGUCGACGGCACGCUUGCUUUCCGAUUUAACAAGAUAAUCUGCUUGGGACAUGAAACAGGACUGACCGCGGAAACAUGCCCCGUGCUAGUACCUGUUGGCCAAUGUUGGAAAUUUCACGAGUGCCGGCAUCCGAUGAAGGGGUCGCUUGGCUGACUCUAGACAGUGGUAACUCUGGACGGUGUCUGCCAGACCGAUCUGUUUGCGGACUGUGCUGUUUGGCAGGCGAUGAUGUUGACAAAAAGCAGAGCGGUUUUUUUAUUGCAGUCUUUCUAAUUUUUCUCCUAUGCAUUUAACAAACCGUUCAUGAGGUUUAUUCUUAGAGAUCCAACUCUGCGGCGUUGGAGUUGAGUCGACGCAUCUAAUGCCUUUUUCGACAUACUAUACUGAAAUCCAACGAGGGGAGGGGUUAGUUUUGUUGCGACGAAGGUCGGUUAAAUCAAAGUGCGCAUGGGACCAGGGGAAAGUUUCUGCAUGUUAACCAUAAACAUCUACAGCUGUGCAGCUAAAGAAACCUUGGUCUCGGAGCAAAUCAUUUCAAGGGAGAAAAGAUGGUUCAUGAGACAAAUUCCAAAGGAGUUCUUAACACAGUUUUCGGAAAAUGCCUUCUCCAGCAGCUUUGGCAAAGUGUUUAGGGAACGCAUGUGCGGGAGUAUGUUAGUCUACAAGAAGUAAGAUUAGCCUGUGACACUGUCAGGCUCUGAAACUAGUCGUAGACCCAUUUACAUCUUGCAAGUUCUGUUUUUUCGUCUGUUACGAAACGACAAAUAUUCACUUGGGAGAAAACGUCCAUGACCUCUGAGCAACGUCCAUCACUAGAGAUUGCAUCAAACACGCCAAUAAUGAUGUUAUGUAUACGCUCUGUCAUGAUAUCUCGCAACGCAUAUACAUAGGCGGCUGUCCUCGCCGUUAAACGGAAUUUGAUUAUGCAUUAUUCAUUGACACCGCUAUAAGUACCUAACCUUUAAUGUUGCAAUUUGCCACUUGGGAGCCGAAUUUGAAAACUCGAGCAUAACCGGAAUUUUCGACAUGGGCCGAUGAGGACGAUUUAUCAAACUGGAAGCGACGCUAGACGUUAAAUCUCUUCUGUCAACAGCAAAGUUUUUCAGAGAAUUCAGGUGGCUGCCAGUUCUACGGCAGGAGAUGUGAUUCAUAGGCUGUUGUCCUGAGCAUCCCUUUAGCUUGCGGCAACGCUGGAGCGUUUAGAAGAACUCGCGCAAAGAAGGGGAUGCAAUCACGGGUCUUCUUAUGGUAAAAGAUCGAAAUAUGUUUGUGUAGUUCUUAUCCACAGACUCCCUUACGCACUUUGAAUGACGGAGCACGAGCUGCGAAGAUUUAAGAUACGCACAAGAGUUAAUUUGGUAGUUGCAGGCACUAGCUGACGACCUCCAAUGUUUCUGCUUUACUUCGUCUUUGGUCGGUUUUAUGCUAAAGUGCGAUCCCAAAGUAAGCUAAACCUAUCCAAAGUCGCCUUCACGAAGCUGAGGAGUUUGAACUUGAUGCGCUUUUCAAAACACAAGACGUUUUACUAAAUGCUGCUUUAAAUCAAAAUGCGCGCUGUACGUUGAGUUUGAGCGUCAUGGGGACAAAGAUCGGUCAAGUUCAUAAUUUAGGCAAUUGAACACGUAGGUUUUCUUUAAAAUGCAGGCAGUGUAUGAUUCCACUUUUUAAAAUUCUUAUCCGCAGACUCCCUUACGCACUUUGAAUGAGAAAGGUUGUUGUGUGUGUCCUCCAAACGAGCCACGUAGUAGAUGUGCUGGACCAACACGGGGGCCAUAUGGGGUAUCGGAUUCUGGCACCAUGACAAAUGUCAGCAUUUCGGGGUGCGGUGGCAGACCCAGUUGCCAGUUGGAGUCACUCACACUGGGACCCCUGUCACACCCCGUUUUCUGUUGUUGGUUAAAAUUCUGGUUAUAUUUUGUCAACCAAAAAUUCUGGUCGGUUGUAUUUCUCUGUAGCACAUGAUCCCUCGUCCUUGAUGUGGGUGCGCGUACUUUAAAUUUCCCACUUUAUGGUUGGAAAUGGAAUGCAAGGUAGUUGUGAGGACGAGAAUACACUCGACGCGAGACUUCAGACGAAGGCGUCCUUUGCAAAAGCUGACGGUUAAUUCACAGAGUAAUUGGUCUGUCCUCAGAGAUUCAGACUGACAAUUUUCUACUUGGUCGGAUUCACACUGAGGAAUUUAAGAGCUCCAACGCCGUUGGGGUUAAAAAGCGCAUGUGUCUCCGGGCAGUGUAGCGUCCAAGCAGCGAGUACACCUAGAGCAGCACAAAAACCACGACUCAGUCCAACUUCAGAGAAGAGGAAAGAGGUAUUUCCGGGCAAGAAUCUGGAAGGGGUCUGUCCGAUCGCUCGAACCAUGAAUUUACCCUCCUGAGUACCGGCUUGAAUCCAUACGCAGUUUCGAGUGGGAGGGAAGUAGGAGUCACCAGGGUCCACAUUAAGCCCUGAUGUGAAGAAGUUGAAGCGAUAGCUGGAACAGAAGCCUUAUUCUCCUGACGUUUGUGCUUGCCUCUCGCAACUGUUAUAAGAGACAACAGCAUUUUUAUAGAAUGCAGCCACUCUGCUAGCGCAUCUCUGUGACAAUUGACGGCUCUUCUCGUCAGCGCGGAUAGUCGAUGUCGGUGCAAUAAGUGCUUGAUAGCCGGCAGUCGAGUUGCCACAACUUUCUCACCCCUGAUGGAUAUUGGCGUGAUGAUGACUCCACCCCCACUCCUUCGACGGUUAACAACUCACAACUUUGUAGCCCCCCCCGCCAAGGAUUUCGGCUCUGUCGAAGCUAAAGAUGUGAAUGGCUAGUAUUAAAGGUGUCAUGAUUUGAGAAUACGCUUGCUUCCUCUGCGUUACUGGGGCGCGUUUGUUCAUUCACGUCUAGAGUAAUUCUCCUACUUAUUCACCUAUAAGGCUUUUGUACGAGCGAUCGGGUGCAUUAUUUUUCAGUUACUACAUUGGUGUCUGAACCUAUAAAAUAAUGACGUCGGUUGUUAGACAUGCUUUCUAGAAGAAAGGAAUGUCUUGGUGAAGUUUCCAUAACGAGUAUCACAGGGUUUCACUGAAAGUCCAUUCACACAAGAGGACACAUUGGUCUCUAGUUGGUCGUCCUUUUAAGCUGUUAGUCAUUAAGAAAUAUUUUCUGGAAAGCAUGCAAAAAAUGCACUGUUUAUAUCAACUCGGCAAGAAAUGAGUCGACGGUUGGGUGAAAGACCCCCGUUGGCUAUUGGUAGACUCUGGAUCGUGCGCUGAUGUAUGUACUUGCGAAACCUAAUUUAGUGAUGAUGACUGGCAGAGCGGAGAAACAAGAAACGAAGAUCAUGUGAGAAUUAAUUGGAGAAUAGCAGAAAUGUCCGUCGGGGGAUAGGCUCAGUUGCUCGGCAGCUAGUCACUCUUUCAGGGUGGAACACCAUGGAAUACCCAGUUGGAUACCAUAUCUGCAUACAUUCACCAUUUUAUUCGAAGGUAUCGUUUUUGACCCCAACCACCUUCUCUGUCUUCUUGCACUCCGUCAGCUUACUGUUUGGCAUGCUGCCCCACCCGUAAACCUCCUUCCUCGCUCCCGUUCGACGCGUUCCUCAGUCUACCGAUAGCUAAUUAUGGUCCUUCACCCUUCCAUCGCCAGAAAUUAUAUACUCGAUUUUGAGCUUUAAGGGAGGGGAGCCUAUGGUUUUAAAAUAUUUCGCUAUAAUGAGAGUAUCAUAGCCACAAGUUUAUGCAGACUAAUCGCAAGGCGUAAAACACGAUUCAUAUCUACUGCAAGAUUUUAUGAGGAUCUGAAGGCCUCUCUAGAGAAAGGCGAAGACAUGAAAUUAAUCAGCUUCAAAGGGAGUGCACAACACUAGGUUUUAAAGUCUGAUGAACUGAAAAAAAAAUCGAAGAAAAAAUCUGAUGAAAUGUUAACUGAAAUACUCGGGCGUGUUUCCGAUUAAGAUGGUCCACUUAAAUGGGGUUAUGAUAUUAAUUACUGUGCAGUAUAAUCCCAGAAUAUAUCAAUCCUAUCAGGAUGCCGACUUUUAAAUGCUCUUAUUGUCGCCCGUCUGCAAAAACUGCACUCGGUAAAAAAUGACAAAUUUUACGAACCUUCGUUACUGAUUUUCGAAGCACUCACACAUUCGGUAUAUAUUAUAUAGAAAAUAUGGUCAAAAAUAACCUGUCCUUCACCCAUUUGGUACGGCAAAAUGUCUUCUACAAAUUUUUUCUCUCAAGGUGAGGGUAUCUUUCUGUUUCAAAAAGUUUGUACCUAUGGCAAUUUUCAGACAGUAAAAUGUCCUUCGAAAUAACAUCAUAUCUGUUUGUUUAAUAAUACUCCUUGCGAAGAAAACAACGUAAUAUACAUACAUUGGGGAAUUAUAUGAGUACUAUGUGAUAUCUUCAUAUGUUGGGGAGACUUUCGCCGAUCGUUUUUACAGGACUCAUUCGUCAUUCUGCCCAUAUUAUGCGCCGCUGUGCGGCUGCUGGUUGGGCUCGAGGGAGGGCCCUAAAGCACAACGGCACGGCGAGCGCCCCUCUACCAUGAUGUCUUCAUACUUUAAUAUACGAAUCUAUAAUUAUCUCCACAUAAAAAGCAUUCAGCUCGCAGACCGUAAACCAUAAAGGAAAACGCAAUAGUAAAUCCGGCCCAAAAUUAUUUUGGUACUGAGAAACUUUUUAAUUUCCACACACUCCUAGACUGCGAGUCCGAAAUCCGGAGAGGGCUUUAUCUGCUACCAAAUCGAUACCAAAAGGUUAUGCUGAGCAUGCUUUCGGUAAAACAUAUUGCAAUGUAUAAGUGAAUCGAAAAUCAGUGGAACCAGUCCAUACUACUUAAGUAAUCAUUUUACGCCGGAUUAGGUUUAAACGGACGGCCUAUACGAAGUGCAUUUAAAGGUCGGCAUCCCUGUCUGCUUGAAAUAUCCGAAUGUUACGCUACACAAUAUUAAUAUUACAACCCCACGCACGAUCUCAUGAAGUGUUGUAAGUAAUAAACCGGUCUGUCGUAAGGAGAAUUAUAAAGAACAGAGUAGUCGCAGGGAUGCACGUGACGAUAAUUUGAUACUGAGAGUUGUGUUAAAGUUUUUGUUACAGAUCGUAUUAUUGGCGCACUAAAACAAAACGCUUUUUUGUGUCACUACAAUUAAUUAUGGGAGUUUGCUAGGGUCAGGAAACGUGUAUUCAAAUAGCAUCGAAUCCGUUUGUUUUAAAAUGCUUCUCAUGAACUAUACAAUAAAAUCCAUAUCCGGUGUAGGAUUUUAUGAGCCCUAUGUGGUUUUUACUUAAUGCCAUAUAGGAAUGCAUGUUUUUCUUGCACAGUAUUCAUACAAAUAGUAGACUUAAAACACCAAACGCAAAUGCAAAAGCUGUUCGAGCUUAGAGUCCUUCGGAGUGAAAAACUUUUUAACACCAAACUAGCCUUCUUUUAUGCAUAAAAUUAGAAAUAGACGUAAUUUUCUGCCAAAUGAGUAUAAGAAGGUAUAUUUCGGUGAAUGUUUUCUGUCAAAUGUAUUUGAAUUUAUAGGGGCAUAAAAAAUCAGUAAAAUGUACACUCCAUAAGUAGCCAUGUUUUAUCCAGUUCGAUUAAUGCUGGCGGCCGAAAAGAAAUCUAUUUGAAGGUCAACAACUAGGUGUGCCUGAAAUAUUACGGUAUUAUGCCGCAGACUUAUCAGUGUUAAACCCUACGUUUUAGAAUUUUAAUUGCCUCUUCAGGAUAUUGACCACUGACCAUAUUAAAGCGUGAUUAGUGUCCCAGCACAAACAGGAAUCGGCAACUUACUCUUUAAAAUGUGAAGACAAAUUUCCUCGCAGAAAAGCUUUCGAAAAAAGUGUAUGCAAUUAAUAUUUUGCAUAUAUUCUAUGGGAUGUCAGAUAGUUUUACCAGAAGCACAGAUGGUUGCGAGAAGAAAAGGGGUGAGCGAAAAUUUCCCGAAAUCUAAUCAGCAUCCAUUCAGGCCUUCCUUUCUACCUUCUACCAUCGUUGGCUUGAACUCGUUUAUAAGCGCCUCCUCCGUACAACAUUGACCUUGAGCCUAAUUACGGAGGCGCCUAUGCCCCUACUCUGUUUUUACUCCUAAACCCAACCCCAACAUUGACGCCAACCCUCUUCCUAUUCUCCCCCCCCCUGAAAUUUAGCGUAACUCCACCUGUAAUACGAGAGUGCUUAAGGCCUCGUCUGUUCCCAUCCUGUUUCAAAUACAUGGUCUGAGAAACCCACGAUAUUCUUUAGACAAGAGACAUCCUUUUCUUUUGAAUGCGAAGAAGGGUUUUCAGAGAGACUAACUGCCGUAUAUUUGGCAAACUAUAUUCUUCGAAAUGAAAUUUAUUCUGCCUUAGCGCUUAAAAGGCCAUUUUCCUCAUUUAGUCAGUUGGAAUACUGUUUGCAUUCUUCUGUUAUUUUGAUGCCAGGGGAACAGAAACGAGCUCCCAAUUCGCGGCCGACUGUUGCAACUGGCUGAUCUCCUCUCCUGGGAUGCAAAAUGCAAUCGUCUGCUGCACGAUCUCGUUGUCAGCUGCUACGGCGCUCCCGGUAAGCAUGACUUUGGCUCGUCGUAGAAGCUGGAGACACCUCCGCUUUUCACUGAGCCAGAAAAUGUCCGAGCAUUAAAAACUUCACUCGUCUACGCGAGGGCUAUAAAAAUUUAAAUAAUUUUUUCCCAGUAUUUUCAGCAGAAUGCGUAUUGACAGUCCGGGGACGUCGGUUCAGAUUCGGUGGUUCGUUAGGGGGAGAAAAGUAGGAAACUGUGUAAUUAAACUUUGCGAAAGGUCAAUCUUGAAUGUUGCGAAUUCUUUCUACCAAUGGGUUGCAAUGUGAGGAAUGCAGUUCAUUGCAAAAAAUAACUUUCACCGCAUUCAUUACCGUGGGCAAGUGACUGCAGCCGUGUACCUUUGUAUUCACUCCUGCACUUUAGGGUGAAAGCGGGAUCAUUAAAGCGUUCAGUAAAUCAAGACUGGCAAUUUAGCUCUUCCAGCAAAGUCUGGCAAUUUAUGCUACUCCAUAGAACUUGAUUUAUUCGCUCGAUGUGAACUUUCCGUUGAUUUUUCAAACUUUAGUUAUAGCCGAUCAUGAUAUCUACUAGUCUAGUCUACAUUUUAAUGUCCUGAAAGAAUUGGAGAGCAUAUGGUGUAUAUAGUAUAUUCCAUAAUGUCGACCGUGAAACCAAAUAUCUUGGUGUACAUGCUUACGCAUUGAUAGAAUUUGAGAGCAUUACAUUACCGACAAAGACAGGGGAGACUGGAAUGACCAUUUUGGCUUAUUAAUCGUCGUCGGUCAGUCAUACCCAAUCCCAAGGUGUGGGUCAUCUGGGGCUUGAUCCCACAACCUGUUGGUUAGAAGUCCAACGCCCCUAACCACUGAGCCAAGGGCUCGUUGUCCUGUCGGUUGCGAUCGGGAAUAUACAAUGACAGAGGGGUUCUCGCCGGUCGCGCUACGGAACUCACUCGUCCCCUUGGACCUUGGGGCUUUCUCUCUAGCCCCACCAGCAGCCUUGCUUAUAUUACGCAUGGGCGGACGCUGUUCCAGCAUACUUGGUAUUUUCGAUGGCCAUCGACAAGAAAAUGGGCUUGUUAAAACUUUGAACUUACUAGUGUUCAGAAAUUAAAAGAACUCUGGUCCGAACCUCAGGUGCUCCGAAUCUUGGGGUUGGGUUAGGCUGGAGGCGACGACAAAGACGACGACUAAUAAGUCAGAAGUGGUCACUCCAAUUUUCUCUGCCUCCUUGGCCAAUCUCAUUCUGCCUAUGUUACUAGCCACUGUGCAACUCUCGGUAAGGCUUAUGAUCGAGUCUCAAAUCGCAACGGGACGAGAUGAUCCCAUAAUGCAGUCGAUUAACACUCUCUGUCAAACAUAUACUUUUUAAUUGAAAAAUGGGCGUCUCAAGAAAGAAAAUUCAAAGAAAAUAAUUCUUUGUGAAAAGUAACAAACUUUAUUUCGUAACUGUUCGACUCUGGUUCUCCAGGUCGUUCUCAGACGUGAAGCGAGUAUGCGAAACAGCUAAAGUUUAGACUGGACUAAAAACCGAUUCUGCUCUACCAUUCUUGCCUUUAUUGAGAGUUGGCAUCACGUUCUGAUUGGCUACCACCUGUUCUGUGUUUCCUUGAGAUUGUUGUAUGCGACGUCUAGGUCGACGUGCGGAUUGGCUCAUGAGUUGCCAGAAUAUACGGCCUCUAAAUAUCUUCGGUCUUCCUUAGAUGAACAGACACCCGUAAUACGAGGCCUGGUCCAGGCAAAUUCGUGGCCAGUUUCCAGCGCAUGCAUGACAACUUAGAACAAGUGGUCUCACUUUUUUACUGCCAAGUACUAUUCUUGUGUGCGUAUGAAGGCAGAUGUUCCAGGUUGACCACAGUAAACCACAUUGCAUGUGUCGCAUGGUAUCGCGUAGGUGACUUCUUUUUUGUCUAAGUGGCCAGCCAUCUCCUCAGGGUGUACAAGCUUGUUGCAAGAUAUAACUUUUGGUUUGUUGGCCACGUGUAUUCAGAGUUUCCUCGGGCGUCAUUCAAUAAGUCCAGUCUCAUUUCUAAUUUGCGGGAGUGUUUACUAGUUUUUUGGUUUCGGCGCCUGAUCGGAGCAGUAUAGUUCCUUUUCAUUUUAUUUUAAAUCCUGUUGUCUCAUACAUCCAUGUACAAAAUCUCCAAGAUACCUGUUCUGCGAAAGCAUGUUACAGGGAAGUUUUUCACUUUUCCUAAAGAACCUACUUCCCCCGAUAUAUGUAUUCAUAUAAGUUUGUUAAUUUCCCGAGAAAUUAAUGCGUGCUGCUUAAGUUAUCUUUUACUGAAACUCUCUCAGAUUCGGUUCGAAAUUUUAAAGUAUUCUUUUGGCCGAAACCAACCAGUCCCAGAGGAAUUGUCGCGUAACAUCCACAAUUUAUUUACGGACAGUCAGCAAUACAUCUGUACUGGUUGAUUUAUCACGAGGUCUGAGUCAGAUAUUUCAUCCAGCAAUUGCAGACUUCUUCCUGAGAGAAUUAGAAAUUUUUAUAAUAACAGCGCCCUAGCUCCAAGAUAAUUUAGUCGCAAAGAAUCGGGUAGAAGAUGAGAACAAAUUUAAAAAGUAGUAGAAGGAGCUCAUAAAGCAAUAUAGCAGUAUUAAGAUAGUUAGCUUUCUUCCUUCAGAUUACGUUGCCCAGGCGGCUGUGGGAAGGUCCAAAUCAUAUAAAUACAACCGGAAAUUCCCCUUCAAUUUGAGCAUUCCCCCGAGCCAGAGUGGAAUGCCUAGGGAGCCCGAGCCGCAGCGUCCAAACUCAGAGAAGCAUCCGCCGGCGGAUCCUAAAAGGAGACAGGUGAGGAUGGCGCACUUUCCUACUCCGAUUCCCCAGGAAGUCCACGAAGCACGCACGGAAGAUGAGUACGCGUCAGGACGGGCCAAUGGUUCCACCCCUGCAGACAAUGCGGGACGAUAG